AUGGUGGAUCGAUUUGGGCGAGUGCACGCAACACCACACCAUAAGGAGACGAGUGUGGAAGCAGCGGAGCCCAGUCCUAAAAGUAGAGGCAAAGCCGCGAUGAAGGAAGUGCCUAGUCCUAAAAGCAACAAAAGGGCCGUUGCAACUCCAGCGAAAAAGGCGUCCGCUGCAGACAUUCCUUCGCUGACAGUGAAGGAAAGGAAGCUAGUCAAGGACGGACUCUACCAGUUAAGGCUGUUGUUUUGGUACUCAUUCUUGGUUUUUGACAUUCUCCAUCUCCUGCGUAUUUGUAGUAGUAGUAGUAGUACUAUAAUCAGGACUUCUUCUGCAUGGAUAUGAAAUUGGAGUUGAGCGACGAGAAGCAAAAGUAGAAGUCCGAUAAUAAAAACAAAAAAGUAGAAACAGACUGAGGCGUAAUCCCGUCUAAGAUUCUGGUUUUUGAUAGGAAUAGGCGAAAACGACGCAUAGAAUUGGACAGUAAUUUACGACAAAAUUAACACAAAAGACCAGAUGCAAGUUAGUCGUAAACUUCUAAUUCAGGCAGCGAGAAACGAAAACUUCAAGGCCGCGUAUUCGUUGAUGUGCUUGCUUGAUUGGACCGAGCGUUGGAAAUUUUUGAUUAAGGCUAGUCGUUGUCAGAGUUACUCUCUGGUGCUUAUGUGAGAUAUCAAUCCCCCUAAGGGCAAUGAUUCCGGGCACCUUGGUGUCAGGAGGCAACUCAGACAUGACCAGGGAGGCCAGUUAGACGUGAGAUGCAUGACCAUGACGAUGAAACCUACUAUGGUUCAAUGACACCCAAGGGCUGACCUCCACUCAAUCACGGAAAAGAAUGUUUAGCUGCCUGGCGCUAAUUUUCCGGACUUUUCUCGGCAUUGCGAUUUUCCAAGAAAUCAUAGUCGUGCACUCUCCUUCCACCCGGAUGCUAAGCCGGACAAUGCGCCAGAGGUUCGCGCCGACAAGCAAAAUAGAUACUUCAUUAAGGCUCAUUAAAGGAUCUCAAAGUCAAAGUAUUCUUGUGAUUCACCUUGUUCACAGGUGUUCAUGUUUUCUCUCGGAGGACGAGGAAGGGUUCGGAGUACGAAAGCUUUGAGCAGAUGGUCUCUGAAGACAAGAAGCAAGCUGACUAAAAGCGUCUUCAGGAAUGUUGUGAAUCUGAUGACCAAUAUGUGGGUAGGAAUUUCAACUUGUUGUUGUGAAAGAAGAAUAUUGUUGUUGUGGUAUGUGGGUAGGGAGUUGUUGAGAAGAAUUUGGAUCAUUUUCUUGAACCGCUCUACCACAUCAUCUACCAGGUAGACCUAAGUACCUCUAAGACUACUCUCGGUCUCUUGAAUGACAGGCCGUAUGGAAAAUUCGGUAGGGAUUCGACAAGGGAUAGCGGUUUGACCCUUAUCAUCAACGCGCUCACGAAACUUCACGAGGAUGCGGAGGAUGCCAAGAGUGGUAGACCUGAAGAAGAAAAGUGGUGGCAUACUUAUGGCUAG